CAACCGUUUUCUUUCUCGAACUCGCAAGUGUGGGACGGCAAUGAUGGAUAUUGGUCGUCCUUUAUGGUCCGCGUUGGAACGCCCGAACAGACAUUUCGUGUACUCCCUGCAUCCAGGCACGGCGAAACGAUAAUACCCAUUGCUGAAGGCUGCCUCAAGAUGCGUAAUGCUCCAUCAAAUUGUGGCAAACUUCGCGGUGCCUAUGCUUUUCAGGGGAAAGACAGCAAUGGCUUCAUUGUCAAUGAGACCAAGUCAUGGCAGGAGAUUGGACUGUACGAAAUGGGCAUACGGCCUGAGAUUGGUUUCGAUGCGAAUGCACUGUAUGGGUUGGACACUGUUGGGUUACAAGUAGCGAACUCUGGUGGGCCUACCCUUAAGAACAUGGUGGUCGCGGGUGUUGCAGAGCCAACAGUCUUCGUUGGUCAAUUCGGCCUCUCGCCAAAGCCUUCGAACUUUUCCGAACUGGAUAGCCCUCAGCCAAGCUUCAUGCAGAAAUUGAGAGAUGAGAAGCAAAUUCCCAGCGUGUCUUACGGGUAUACUGCAGGAGCCUACUACAAAACCCCGAAAGUACACGGAAGCCUUACACUCGGCGGUUACGACGCGUCACGCUUCAUUCCCAACAACAUAACCUUUCCAUUCGACGCUGACGAUGACCGCCCGACAUCAUUGACGAUCCAAUCCAUCACCGCACAAAAUACUCUUGAGCGUACUGUCACGCUUCUUAGAGACCCAGUAUAUGCCUGGAUUGAUUCGACGGUUCCGCACAUGUGGCUCCCUGAGGAUGUCUGCGAACGAUUCGCAACGUCUUUCGGUCUGACCUACGAUAACUUAACCGAUCUCUACGUUUUGAACGACACUAUGCACAAGCAGAUGGUCGAUCUUGAUCCAAGUAUAACUAUCAGUCUCGGUGAGAGCUCUGAUCCAAUGAAGCGCGUCAACAUUGUCCUACCUUACGGAGCAUUUGACGUUCAAGCUUCCUACCCGUACUACAAGGAGGCUAUGAACUACUUCCCUCUCCGACGUGGCAAUAACGAAACGCAAUACACACUUGGCAGAGCAGUUCUACAGGAGAUGUACAUAGUCACCGACUACUCCCGAGGCGAGUUCAAGGUUCACCAGGCACUGUUCCCAGGGACAAAUGAGAAGCAACAAAUCACACCAAUCUACGUGCCCGGGGAAGAACCACGACCAGCCCCCACAUCCAACGGAACGGCAAACGGUACUAUCUCAACUCCUCCACCAUCCACGUCGACGAAACAUGCCCUUAGCGGAGGCGCCAUUGGAGGGAUUGUGGUGAUGCUAAGGUUAAGCCUAUGCCCGACGAUGAAAAGAGUGCGCAUUAGAUAA